CAUCGACACUUCUGAAAAGCCCUUAGUGAUGAGCUUCCAUGGUUCUCCUGGAACGGGUAAAAACUACAUCGCAGAGCACAUUGCUCGAGCUUUGUACAAGAAAUCGGCGAAUAGUAAAUUUGUACAUAAAUACCGGGGCCGAGUUGAUUUUCCUUUGGAAAGCCAUGUUGAACAAUACCGAAUUAAACUAGUGACCGACAUCCAAAAUGCCAUAUCAAAGUGUCCUAAAUCUCUGUUCAUAUUUGAUGAGAUUUUAGAAAAGCGAUAUUCAUUUUCCUCUCCAAUAUUGGUGGACCAGAGAUUGCAAAAAUGCUGA